UCGACUCCUCUCUCUCUCUCUCUCUCGCACACACGCACACAAAUAAUCUGCCCAACCCAUAACAGAAAUCAAACGUAACACGCCACAUUUCCAUCCCCCAGGAUUCUUCUUCUUCUUCAGACAAAGAAACACAGAAAAAGUAUGGCGAAAUUCACAGUCAGAGCAGACCACAACUUGUUUUGCCAAUCACACUACAACCCAUGUCAGAGCUCUAUCUUCAACACUUCUGUCAGCCGCCGUCACUUCCACGUUUUCCCCUCAAGACCUCGCUUGAAAUUCGUAGUCCCUUGUAGUAUCAAAGAGAAGGAAAACGUUAAAGAUAGCGAGAAAGUCACAGUACCGGUACUGAAAGGGAUUCGGGUCGAUGAAUUGGGAGACGAAAUUAGUUCUGAGAAAGUGGGUUUUAAUUGGACUUGGCCGCCGUGGAAGAAUCUUCCUCAAAGAUACAAAAUUAUUGGUACAACGUCACUGGCUUUUGUUAUUUGUAACAUGGACAAGGUGAACUUGAGCAUUGCGAUAAUUCCCAUGUCCCAUCAAUAUGGGUGGAAUUCAUCGGUGGCUGGACUAGUACAGUCGUCUUUCUUUUGGGGUUACGCAUUAAGUCAAUUGCCUGGAGGAUGGCUUGCGAAGACAUUUGGUGGGAGAAAAGUUCUUGAGAUUGGAGUCUUGACCUGGUCACUAGCUACAGCACUUGUUCCUGUUCUUGCUGGAUUUAUGCCUGGUCUAAUUUUGUCAAGGAUAUUGGUUGGAAUAGGAGAAGGUGUUUCCCCAUCAGCUGCCACCGAUCUGAUUGCCAGGGCAAUACCAUUGGAAGAGCGCUCACGAGCGGUUUCAUUUGUUUUUGGUGGUUUAAGUGUCGGAAGCGUCUUAGGGCUUCUUUUGGCUCCUCCCCUUAUCCAGAAUUUUGGUUGGGGAUCUGUAUUCUACCUAUUCGGCCUUUUCGGAAUAACCUGGUUUUCAGGAUUUCAGUUUCUUACAGUUGAAGGACCUCUCUAUGGUGCGUCAACUUUUUCAUGGUCCCAAACCGUAUCUGGGAAGAAAUCACGGAAUCCUUCUUUAGAAGAGUUGGGUGAUUCAAUCAAGGAUGUUCCAUGGAAGGCAUUUUUCAAAAGCGAAGCUGUUAGGGCGAUGAUAUAUGCUCAUUUUUGUGGCAGUUGGGGUCACUAUACUUGUCUGUCUUGGCUGCCUACUUAUUUCAGUGAGGAGCUGAGCCUUAAUUUGACGGAAGCUGCAUGGGUUUCUGUGCUACCUCCAUUAGCUUCUAUUUUUGUUACCAGCAUCGCAUCGCAAUUCGCCGACAAUUUAAUUAGCAAUGGAGUUGAAACCACUACGGUGCGGAAGAUUUGCCAAACAAUUUCCUUUCUGUCUCCGGCAACUUGCAUGAUUCUCGCAUCUUUGGAUUUAGGAUUGCCGCCUUGGGAAGUGGUGGCGAUCCUUACAGGUGGUUUGGCACUCUCAAGCUUUGCCUUAUCAGGAUUGUAUUGUACCCAUCAAGAUAUAUCACCCGAAUACGCUAGCAUACUUUUGGGUAUCACCAAUACAGUUGGGGCUGUACCUGGUAUAGUUGGUGUUGCUCUUACCGGUUAUCUUCUUGAUUCAACUCAUUCAUGGAGUAUGUCACUUUUUGCACCAUCAAUCUUCUUCUACCUUACCGGUACAAUUGUAUGGUUGGCUUUUGCAAGCAGUAAACCUCAAAGCUUUUUGGAGGGCGAUUGACUUCUAUACCAAGCUUUUGAUUAAUUACCUGGAAUGAACCAUCAAAUCACAAGAAAUUUCGCCAAGACUAACAAUACUAACGUGAUAUCUCACAACAAUGAGCAGAUGGUUAACCUCAUCACAAACCCUGAUAUUUUUUCCUUUUCUGGUGUAUACGUAGUAAAUCAAAGUUUUAUUUAACCAUUGCUAACUGUGACAUUACGUUGUAUAUCCUGUCUAGUUGUUCUUGGUUAGCCAUCAAACACCAAGAGAUUUACAUGUAAAACACUGGAUUAGAGUCCACAUUGUACUUUAUGUUCCCUUGAAAUUCUGAAAAUUUUACUAUCGAGAAAGCACUUUGCUGCUUGAAAUAA